AUGCCUCCUGUUUGGUUCACCAAUACUGUCAAUAAAACAGUUGUCUGGAUGGCUAACCGAGAUAAUCCUGUCAACAAAAGAGGCUCAAAGCUAACCCUCCAUGGAAAUGGCAACCUGGUUUUGACUGAUGCACAAGCGGUACAAGAUUGCAUUAGGCACCGCAAAUGGGUACUCCACUGUGAUGUAAAGCCUCAAAAUAUACUGUUAGACGACUAUCUUGAACCUAAGGUGGCAGAUUUUGGCAUGUCUAAGUUGUUCAAAGACAUUCAUGAUGAAGGUGUUGGAUUUUCGAAAGUUCGUGGCACCAGAGGUUAUAUGGCUCCAGAGUGGAUGGUGAACCUGAAAAUUGAUGCAAAGGCAGAUGUCUACAGCUAUGGCAUUGUUCUGUUGGAGAUACUGAGUGGAAAGAGUGCUUCUGUUCUGCUUUCAGCUUUUGCACAAGAGUACAUUGAACACAACCAACUAGUACAAUGUGUGACUGAAAAGAUCAGAGUAGAAGGGCUUAAGGAAGUGAUAGAUCCUCGACUUCAUCAUGAUAUCAACAAAAAGAAGCUCGAAAGAUUGAUGAAGGUUGCUCUUAUGAGCGUACAAGAAGAUCGAAAUGCACGACCUGCCAUGAGUUAG